ACCGAAUCGGGAAAAACCACGGAAAAACCCUAGUCAGUUGCAGAGACUGGUCUUACAUCUACGUUCUCUGUGUAAGAUCGGACUUGCAGUGCGCUUGCGUAGAACCGCUAAUUUUCUCGACAGGUUUGGGAAUCAGAAGAUUACGAAAUGCGCCUCUGGUUGAUGUAGAUGAGGAAGUUCCAUCGGCGCACGAGGAUUUGCAUCCUCAUCCUGCUCGUCGUCUGUUUUUGCGUUCCUGUCUUCUUCCUACCUCACAGGAUACAACAUUUUCAUGUUCAUGAGUCGAGCCAAUUUAUUGAAGAUUUAUCGAUUGUGAAGCAUAGAACCGAUGCUUAUGCCUCCCGUGCAAUAGAGGAGGAAGAAGGCCAGAAUGUCAAAGAGCCACACCAUGCUGUUUACAAAGAUGACAAGUUUCGUACUAGUCCUGUAAUUGGGAAUAAUAGGUCUGGUCAGUCUGAAAGGUCAAAUAAUGCUGCCUUGGGAGAAAAUGAUUUUUCAGGAAACUUGCAAGAUGUUAAACAACAGAAUCAAUCGAGUCAGAAUGAGAAAGCAGUACAAAAACCAAAGGGAAAUAAGCCAUUGGAUGUGAAGUUGAAGGAGAUAAAAGACCAGCUUAUUAGAGCAAAGUUAUACCUGAGUUUUUCUCCCCAAGGGCUUUGCAGAAGAUGAAAGUCAUGGAAGUGACCUUAUCAAAAGCUAGCCGCAUCUACCCGGAAUGCACACCUAUGGUGAAAAAAGUUCGUGCUAUGACAUAUAAUACUGAACAGCAACUCAAAGCGCACAAGAAUCAUGUUGGCUUUCUUCUAAAGAUAGCUGAAAGAGCUACACCUAAGGGCCUACAUUGCCUUUCCAUGCGAUUGACUGCUGAAUAUUUCUCACUGUCACUUAAAGAGAGGGAAUUCCCUAACCAACAUAAGUUGCAUCAUCCAGAUCGAUAUCACUUUGCUGUAUUCUCUGACAACAUUUUGGCAUGUUCUGCUGUUGUCAAUUCAACCGUUUCCUCUGCCAUGAAUUCCGAGAGAAUUGUCUUUCACAUAGUCACUGAUUCUAUUACCCUCCCUGCAAUGUCGAUGUGGUUUUUGUCGAACCCUCCAGGCAAUGCAACAAUUCAUAUCCAGAGCAUUGAAAAUAUUAAAUGGUUAUACACCCAAUACCAUUCAAUUGUGCAGAAGCAAGGUUCACUUGAUCCAAAGUAUAUGUCUGCAUUGAACCACUUGCGGUUUUAUUUGCCAGAUAUUUUUCCUACGCUAGACAAGAUUGUGUUUCUUGACCAUGACGUAGUUGUGCAAAAGGAUCUCUCGGCUCUUUGGAAAAUUAACAUGAGGGGUAAAGUGAAUGGAGCUGUACAGACCUGUGAACAAGGAGAUCCUUCAUUUCGCCGGAUGGAUGUGUUUAUAAACUUCACUGACCCUAAUAUGGCAAAUAGAUUUGACAAGGAAACCUGCACAUGGGCAUUUGGGAUGAAUUUGUUUGAUCUGCAAGAAUGGAGGAGGCAAAAUUUAACCGGAGUCUAUCACAAGUAUUUGCAGCUGGGGAACAAGAAUCCAAUACUGACAGCCGGCAGUUUGCCCAUAGGCUGGAUAACCUUUUACAACCAGACAAUGGCUCUGGACAGAAGAUGGCACCUCCUCGGGUUGGGCUACGACUCGGGCAGGGAGCAACGUGAGAUUGAGCGGGCAGCGGUUAUCCAUUUCAAUGGGGCAAUGAAACCGUGGUUGGAAAUGGGGAUCGAGAAAUACAGAUCUGCUUGGAGGAAGUAUGUUAACUAUGAACUCCCAUACCUUCAACAGUGCAAUAUACACAUCUAAUACAUAGCUCUACCAAACACUUACAUGAAAGUCAGGGCACCCUAAUUUUUUUCAUUUUUCUAAUUGAGAAACGUUAAUGCUCAUCAGCCGGCCAAUGUUAUUUUCUUUUUCCUCAGCUAUACCAUCCAUUGAGUUUGUUUUGUAAAAAAGAAAUAAAGAAAAAAAGUGCUCUAGG